AUGUUCCUAGAAAUUGAAGAAACUGUGUGCUUCAUUACUUCGUUCUUAUAUGGCAAGAUACCAAAAAGUAGAACUGAUUUGUUUGCCGACACGUUGGCAAAUGGUCUCGUCGAUCGAAUAUACACUGGAUCUAGACCACUCAAAUCGUAUUGCCUCAUAGUGGACGUUGUGGAAAAACUCAUCGACGAGGCAGCCUCUUGUGCUUUUAUUUCGAAUUCUGAGCUUGGUGAACUGCUGCCAGCUAAUUUAUUGAUUGAAAUCUAUGACGGUAGUGUGCAUGCAGUGAACACCGACACCGGACAUGUGAAGUGCGUCUACCCAGAACGGUGUUGCUUCACCGAUCUUCUCCAAGUCCAUAUGGAACGCUUUUAUUCCUCGUCAUGGUUUGAUGUCGGAACGUUAGCAGCAAAGAUUUUCAAACCCAAUCUUGAUUCACAUCUCUUCAAUCGUAAUCGUCCGAUUCGGGUGGUGCAGCGCUGCGAAAAAAUCUACCCUGCACACAAUUUUGCGGCCACUCGCUUCGGAUCGACCAAGUUUAAGUCGUACAAACCAAUAGAAGGUGUUUACGAUGGCAAUCGUUGUCAUCCGUUCACAACACCGUCGACCAUUGCGUAUUUGAGAUUGUUUGAGUUUUUGGACACAAUUGCCCUUGCAGCGACUAUGAUAGAAAAGAACGACGAAGACACCAGCACUCAAAAGGCGAUUGAAGGUUUUUUGAAAGGUGAAAAGGGACGACUUAUGGUGUAUGCCGAAGAAGAAAGUACAAGUAAUGAGAUCGCAGACGAUCACGAUAACACACAUAGCGACAGAGAAAUGCGAAGAUGUAUGGGAAAAUCUUCCGAAAUGUUCCUUCAUUCGAAGAUUGUAGGAGUGGAAACAGUUAAAAUGAACGUCUGA